AAUAUGGAAGCAAUAACAUCACGUUAACCUCAAGGACGAAAUGGAAACAGAAAUGAAUGCCUGGGAAUUAUUGAGACAGCAUGUUUUGGACAGACUGUUGACCAGGGUCACACUUGUUCUUCAGCAAACAGACAUGGAUGAAGACUACCUGCGGUUUGUGUGUACACAGGAAAUGGUUUUCCUGGACAUCAUAUCCCACCAUAUUCCAGUGUCCCAGGAAAUAACUGACUGUUUGAGGGCAUUGGUCAAUGCCCUGAUGCUAAGGGAACAUCAGCACCACCCUGUAGCACCAGUGCAAUUUGAAAGCCGAAGUACAGCUGGUCGACCUAAAAUCUCCAUUUGUCCUGAUCAUUUGAAGCACCUUCUAGACAUUGGGUUACCACUGAAUACCAUAGCUGGAUUGAUGGGGUUGUGUCGUGCUACAUUGUACAGAAGGAUGUCUGAGUACAACAUUUCUGUCAGAGAACUGUACAGCACUUGCACAGAUGCUGAGCUGGAUGAGCGUGUUUCUGCCAUAAAGGAGACAAUGCCACAUGCAGGAUACAGGCUGGUCAAGGGGACUCUGGCGGCACAAGGGUACCGAAUCCAAUGGAGUCGUGUUAAGGCUGCUAUGCAUUGUGUGGACAGUCUAGGGACACUAUGCAGAAUGACCCAAAUGGGGUGUGUUGUAAGGAGAACUUAUUCAGUUCCCUGCCCUAUGUACCUUGUGCAUAUGGACACAAAUCAUAAGCUCAUAAGAUACAAUAUUGUCAUCUUUGGCUGCAUAGAUGGCUUUUCCCGUAAGACAGAAUAUGAAGCCCUCAUCCAGAGAUCCAUUGAGGAGACCACAGUGGGAAUAUAUGUUGUCAAACAUGAUGCCACUAACAAACCAGAUGACAUUGGGAUUGUCCUGGAAGGCCAGAUGGUACUGCACAAUCUGGACAAUGCUGCAUUAGCUGCUGUCAUGGUAUUUGGCCUAAAGUGUGCCUUCAAUCUCAACUACCCUCCUGAACUAAAGUACUCUUUCUAA